AAGGUUUUGGAUCGGAAUUAUUUCUCUUUAGUAAGACUUCUUGUAACAUUUUAUUUAGCUCACAUUUCCCUUUUGCUCCCAUCUAUCUCUCUUAUAACCGACAUAUAUAGUUGGUACAUGUCGAUACAGGCCUGCGUGCUUGGAAUAUGCAUGAGAAGGGCGUUAUGGAAAAGGUUAUCAUUAUAUAGCAAGGAAAGCAUUCAAGAGCUCCCCCCAAAAGUGAGGCUUGUGAUAAAGAGAAAAGUGAAAAUGGUGACUUCAUCAUCAUCAGAAGGGAAGAAGAACAAGGAGAAGAAGAAUAAGAAUAAUGAUAAGAAAGCAGCAGAACUGCAUGAGAAGCUCCAACUCCUUCGUUCCAUCACUCAUUCACAUGCACUGAACGAGGCUUCAGUCGUCCUCGACGCAUCCAGAUACAUUCAAGAGUUGCAGCACAGAGUCGAAAGCCUCGACCAAGAUACAUCUACAGCACAACACUCGAGCUAUAACCAGUCAUCUUUGCCAGUGCAGGUAACAGUAGAAACCCUCGAGAAGGGUUUUCUAAUCACUGUAAUUUCAGAGAUAAGCAGUCAGGUCCUGCUGUGUUCGGUCUUGGAAUCUUUCGAAGAACUUGGCCUCAAUGUCCUCGAAGCUAGGGUUUCUUGUAUGGAGAGCUUCCAACUACAAGUGAUUGCAGAAGUAAGAAUGAAGAAGGAGAUGGAAGUAUAGAUUCGCAAACAGUUCGAAGCGCAGUAGUACAGGCAAUCCGGAGCUGGGGUGUGAGUAACGAUGAUCAAGAUUAAAAGUUCGAUGGCCAUCUAUAUGUACAGUCACCUUCAUCAUCGAUUGGUCUCGAAGUAUCAGUUCCAAUCAAGGGUUUUGUCAAUGCAGUUGAUCAGGAAGAUCCAACCUUCUGAAAGUUUGUUUACGGUUAUACGUUUAGAGGAGAAAUUAUCCCGAGUGUAAGAGAUCAGGCUUAUUCGGAUUAAUAAAGGAGAAAGUUGGAUAGCGUA